AUGUCUCCUCCCAUGCUCCGUCUGUCGUACAACGACAUCCACAAGGCCAUCCAGGCCUCGGCGCCCAAGAUCAUGGCCGACUUCUCAAACCCCCCGGCGUUGGGGUUGCAGCUUUGCAGUGGUCCCAAAGCGCAUACCCAUAUCCCCGGCCGUAAACAGCCUGAGAGCGACAUCCUGACACUUGCAGCCCCGGACCUGUUCAUCGCCAUUGGUGGCGGUGGUUUCAUCCCCGCGCGCAUCCUCCGCUCGUUCUGCAAGACAUCGCAGGACGGCAAGAAGCGCAACAUUCCCAUCCAGGCUGUCGGCCUGACUCUGUACGAGUCGCUCGGUGGUGUGAGUGUUGGUGCAGGCUGGUCGGGCGAGCCAGCUUUUGUAUCUCCCUCAACGACGCUCCAUUCUAACAUUUUUGCCCAGAUCGAGGAGGUUGCCGGCAACGAGGUUGUGCGCGUGCAGUGGAUCGACUUUUCGACGCUGGGCUCCAAGCUCAAGCACGGCGGCCUGCUCGGGCGCCGCAUCCUCGUCAUUGACGAGGUGGACGACACGCGCACUACGCUCGUCUACACGAUCCGCGAGCUGCAAAAGGACAUUGAGAAGCAGCUGAGCCUCGUCGAGGACGCGGCCGAGCGCGAGCGCCUGCGCGCUGCCACCAAGCUCGCCAUCUUUGUCGUGCACAACAAGCUCAAGCCAAAGGCCGGCGAGGUGCCCGAGGGCGUGCAGUACUUUGCGGCCGUCGACACGCCCGACGUCUGGCUCGCCUACCCCUGGGAGUGUGAGACCGACAUUGACGAGCACGACGCGCUCCGCUCCGAGAACCCCGCCAUCUAG